AUUUCCUAAAAAGCAUGGAGCAUGAAUGUAAUUGAAAAAUCUUUCUGUAAUUAAAUAAUCUGCGCGUUGGUCAAUAGAAACUGCUCUUAUGUCUUAUCUCCCGCCCAUGCAUUGCUUUUUCUUAUGAAUUUCUUGACAUGAAGGUCUUACCUGCUUUGCUUCGGGUUACCAUUUCUCCUCUCUCUGAUAUGGAUGCCGCAACAGCCCACGGGUGUAAAAUUCUUCAUCUGGUUAGACAUGCACAAGGGGUCCACAACACAGACUUAGGGAAGGGCCCUGAAGCUUUGUUAUCUCAAGAGCUUUUUGAUGCACAACUCUCUGAUCUUGGAUUGCAGCAGGUGGACAAAUUGCGCAAAUAUGUUGAAGAGAAAGGAUUAAGUAAAAUAAUCGAUUUAGUCAUCACAUCCCCGAUGUUAAGAACUUUGCAAACAGCUGUUGGAGUUUUUGGUGAUGAAAGCCAAGCAAAUGGGUUUGAUGGGCAUACCACAGCUGAAGAGAAUGGUGGGAAGUGUGCCAAGUUGGAUGGUCCUCCAAUUAUAGCUGUUGAACAUUGUCGAGAACGUUGGGGCCUUCAACCAUGUAAUAGGAGAAGAAGCAUCAGCGAGUAUCAGACUCUUUUCCCGACAAUUGAUUUUCAAUUGAUAGAAAGUGAAGAUGACAUUUUGUGGAAAGCUGACGUUAGAGAGUCCUAUGAGGAAGUUGCAGCAAGGGGAAUGAAGUUUUUGCAAUGGUUAUGGACUAGGCAGGAGAAGGAAAUUGCUAUAGUUAGCCAUGGUAUAUUCUUGCAGCAAACUCUAAAAAACCUUGUAAACGAAAAGAAUCCAUCAAUGGAAAAUUUAUGUUCGCGGUUUGGCAAUUGUGAAAUUCGGACGGUGGCCAUCGACAUUGCCGAUGGAAGCGUAGUUUAUCCACUCAACAACGUUACAAAAAAUAACACCCAAAGGAAGGAAGUGUCCGAGUAAUUGCUUACGGGCGUUCACAGAAAACCGUAGAUCAUAAUUGUUGUGGCAAACAAAAAACUGGUGUGAUUAUCAUAUUGAAAUUUUGUGAAAACUGAAAUUUCAAUUCAAUUUUUUGUUUAUUAAAUGCCAAAGGACUUAUUCCCAAUCAAAGUAUGCUGCUUUACC